AUGAUAAUCUGUUGUAAUCUCCUGUGUGCAGUGCUCCACUCCCUGAAGCAUAUCUACACGGCCUCCUCCGGAGUCCCAAAUUUCCCAGAUUUUGUUGCCGUUGUGUUCGUCAACGAGUUUCAAACGGACCACUACAGCAGCGUUACCAAGACGACGGUACCCACGCAGGCCUGGAUGAGCCAGGUCACGGCAGACGAUCCGGACUACUGGAGGAGGCAGACUUCGUACUGGGAGGGUCAGGAGGAGAUCGGACGGGCCAACAUUGAGAUUGGGAAGGAGCGCUUCAACCGGACUGAAGAUAUCCAUGUGAUCCAGGUGUUGAAUGGCUGUGAAUGGGAUGAUGAGACCGGAGAAGUUAAUGGUUUUGGUCUAAUCAGUAAUUAUGGAGAAGACGUCUUAAUAUUGGACAUGAAAGCCCAGAGAUGGAUCGCCACCAAGCCGGAGUUCCUCAGGACCCAACACAAGUGGAACAAUUACAGGAGUUGGUUAGAGUUCAUGGAGCACCGGCUGGUCCAGGAGUGUCCUGUGAGACUGAAGAACAGUCUGAUGUACGGGAAAAGCGCCCUGCAGAGGACAGUUCUUCCCAUAGUGUCUCUUCUCCAGAAGACUCCCUGGUCCCCAGUGAGCUGCCAUGCCACCGGUUUCUACCCAGACAGAGCGCUGAUGUUCUGGACCAGGGAUGGAGAGGAGCUUUACGAGCAGGUGGACCACGGCGAGCUCCUCUCCAACCAGGACGGGACCUUCCAGAUGAGCGUGGAUCUAAAUCUUUCGCUGGAAAAACCUGACGACUGGUGGCGGUAUCAUUGUGUUUUUCAGCUCUCCGGUGUCGAGGAUGACAUCCUAACCAAGCUGGAUCCAGCAAGGAUCAGGACCAACUGGGUUCAGAAGCCCAGUGCUACAACACUCCCCAUCACGUUGUCUACCGUGGUCGUCAUGGUUUCUAUCUUGACAUUGGCCAUCGGAGUCACCGUCUACAAGAAGAAGAAAGCCAAGAAACCUUCAGAUUGUCUCGACAACGUUGUGCUCUCUGAGAAACUGCAACCAGAAACCUGAUGACACACAGGCGACUGUGUGCACCCCGGAAGUUAUUCCCAUCGGGUAGAUGGAGCCGUAACGUCACGCCUUUUCAAACAAUCUGGGUUUGAAUGACAGGGUUUCGUAGUAAAGAAAGGAAUAAAACUGAGACUGAACAGAUUAAUUGAAUUAGUGCUGAAAAUAAAAAACAAAAAACACAAAAUUUACUUUAGAUUAGAUUAUCUCUUAUUUUUGUAUUAGCUCCUGGCAACGACCUGUUGAGCCGUUAAUUAAAGGGUAACUACUGCGUUUUUCAACCUGGACCCUAUUUACUUUUAUAUCUAAGUGACUAUAUAUGUGUGUAUGUGUG